AGUCCGGCGGAUGUGGUCAUCGCAGAACGAUGGAAGUGGUAUCGUUUUGAUGAACCUGAGGAAUCAUCCGUCUAAGCUUAUUUUUCUAUGCCAUCUUGAUUAGUGCAUCGAUUUCUCUAAUUGUCCAAAAUGAGCAAAGGCAGGAAAUACAAUUCCAGACACAUCUUGACGCUUUUGGCUUUCAUACUUUUGUGCCGAUGUGCAGUUGGAGGCCUCAUGCACAUGAUGAUGAUGAAGAAAAUGAUGGAUAAGCAUCACCAUCACGAAGAUCAUGGAGGAAAAAGUAUUGGCAUAACCUUCAAACCAAUCGCUAUACCCAUUCCUUUGCCAAUAGCCUAUGUAGAAAAAGAAAGCAUGAAGGCACAGAAGCCUUGGCCUGAGGAAUCUAAAUCUAAGGGAAUGAUGUGGAAAAUGAUGAAAAUGAAAAUGAAGAUGAAGAUGAUGAUGAUGAAAAAGAUGAAAAAAAUGAUGAAAGGCUCCAAGGCUAAAGGCUGUUGCCCAAUGAUGAUGCCACAAAUGAAAGCCGCAUGGCCAAUGAUGAUGCCGACGAUGUGUCCUCAGAUGAUGAUGAAUGGAUGUGGCAUGAUGAAUGCUUGUAUGAUGAAGGCCGGUUGGCCAAUGAAAGGAAAAGCUGCCGAUUGUCCCGAACCUGAAGAAGAGGAGGAAAUAGAAGAGGACUGGCCUGAUUACUACGAAGAAGAAAUGAUGGAAGACCAGUACGCUUGGGACACGAAGGCAGUGCCAGUGUAUAAGCUUCCAGAUGACAAGAAAAAAUCAAAAAUGCAGAAAAAAGGGGACGAUUUAGACGAAAAGAAAACGAAGGACGUGAUUGUAUGGGUAAAAGUGAAAGAUUCUGAAAUCGUUGGACCUCGCAAUAAAUUCGAUUAUGAUUUCGAUUACAUUUCGUUAUAA